AUGGCAAUGCCCCAAAUCAGUGCAGCCGAUCAGGCUAAACUUCAGCUAAUGCAAGAGAUGGAAAUCGAAAUGAUGUCCGAUUUAUAUAACCGCAUGACGAAUGCAUGCCAUAAAAAAUGUAUUCCUCCACGUUAUUCGGAGUCGGAGUUGGGCAAAGGCGAAAUGGUUUGCAUUGAUCGUUGUGUGGCCAAAUAUUUGGAUAUUCAUGAGAAAAUUGGCAAAAAGCUAACUGCCAUGUCCAUGCAGGAUGAGGAACUGAUGAAGAAAAUGUCCAAUUAGAUCUGUUUGUUAUUCCCGCAAUACACCAGUUAAAGCCACUGUGCAUUUCGUUAUACAUUUUACAAUACAAAUAAACAAAGAUGCCUAACUACAAA